AUGUGGCGUGCGUGGUUGAAGUCAGCUACUCAUGCUGUGGUGGCAGACAAGGGACGUUACCGCGAGGGAAACCUGACGAUGAAUUAGAAGGGGAAAAAAAAAAUCGAUGAGCACACGGGGAAUGUGACAUCACUGAGUAGGGAGGGUUAAUUUAUCCGGGCGUCGUAUAACGGCAGUGUCAGAGCUCCCCUCCCUCAUAAACACACACACACACACAUCCGUACCAGCCAGCCAGCCAGCCGUCAUGCCGGAGACGACAGCAGCCGCCGACAUGCCCGAAUCUCAGCUCGCCCCGGUGCAGGAAAAUGUUGAGGUGGCCAAGAAAGAAAUGCGGGCGGUUUUGUUGACGGGAUUUGGAGGUGUGAAGAUGUUGAAAACGCAGUCCAUUCCCGAAGUCGCGCCGUCAGAAGGGGAGGUAGCCGUCCGAGUCAAAGCCUGCGGGUUAAACUUCUUAGACCUGAUGGUGAGACAAGGGGUAAUUGACAACCCCCCAAAGACCCCCAUUACCAUGGGAUUUGAGUGCUCAGGGGAGGUGGAAGCUGUUGGGGAAAACACCCCAGGGGUGGCUGUUGGAGAUCGUGUGAUUGUGCUGACAGACUACAAGGCUUGGUCAGAGGUUGUUGUUGUUAAUGCCAACUUUGUCUACAAGAUGCCGGACUCGCUGAGUUUCCAGGAUGGGGCGGCACUGGCUAUGAAUUACCUGACCGCCUACAUUAUGCUGUUCGACAUUGGAAACCUGUGCAAAGGGAAGUCAGUGCUUCUCCACUCUGCUGGGGGAGGCGUGGGCCAUGCCGUGUGUCAGCUCUGUAGGACUCAAGAGGAGGUAACUGUGUUUGGAACAGCUUCCUAUCAUAAACAUGAAGCCAUUAAAACCAUGGUAACACACCUGUUUGAUCAUGUGGUGGACUACGGUCAGGAAGUAAGGAAAUUGUCCCCAGAGGGUGUGGACAUUGUCUUGGACUGUCUGUGUGGAGAAGACGCUAACAAAGGCAUUGCAUUACUGAAACCCCUGGGGAAAUACAUACUCUAUGGAUCCUCUAACAUUGUAACAGGGGAGACAAAGAGCUUCUUCAGCUUUGCUAAGUCGUGGUGGCAGGUGGACAAGAUUAGCCCAAUCAAACUCUAUGAUGAUAACAAGUCCGUUGCCGGCUUCCAACUUCGUCAGCUGCUCUUCCGACAAGGUGGCGCCACCUAUGUUCGAAAUGUUAUGGACAGAUUGUUUACCAUGUAUAAGCAAGGCCAGAUCCGACCUAUUGUAGACUCUGUGUGGGCGUUUGAAGAUGUGGGAGAUGCAAUGACGAAACUCCAUGACAGAAAGAAUAUUGGAAAAGUUCUGUUAGAUCCAAGUCUGCAACCAAAAACUAAGGAGACGAUCAAUGUUACUGUUACCAUGGUUACACUUCAGACAAGCGCGGACGCUGCGCCAGCUGCAGAAGACACGGAGAAGAAGGAGUGCCAGAACGGAGACCAGUAGCUAGGACAGCCCCAGGAUACGAGUAACUGACCUCCUCCCACCCAGGCAAUGACUGUGAACUCUGGCCCCUAAAGCCCUGUUACUGCUGAAAAAGUUCUGACGGCAUGUUGACCCAUUAACACAGAAUUCUGGGAUAUAAGCUUUGAACCUUGCUUCUCUUCCUCUGCAUACUAAUAAGCUGGAGACUUCCUUUUAAAUUUUUCACUCACUAGAUGUAUAUAUUAAUGUCACUACUUUAUUGAUUAACUUGUAACUUGUUCGUAAAUACUCAUUUGCAUUUAAACUCCUGUGAGUAAGUACAGUGUGCCAAGCAGAUAUUGUAAGCCCUUGCUCUUCAUUCAAUGUCUUCAACGUAACUGUAGACUAGAAACUAGCAGACAUAUAUGUAAAAAAUGUUUUGAAUUUUAAAACUUAACAGUAUCAUUAUCUACUCAAGAAAAGAGGAAUAAAUUUUCCUAGUCAUUAAGCACAUCUACAUCUUGAAGUAGAAUAAAUCAGUGGAUAUGGAGGGAGUUUUAGAAUGUUAUUAAAGUCAUAAAUGUUUUUGAUGUCAAUGGAAGCACAGUUAAUCUAAAUUAUAGCUAAAAAUUCCUUGUUUACAUUUUUGUUGUAAUAUUUUUCUUGUUCAUUUGCCUGUAGUGCUUAGAAAAAUGACUUAAUCAAAUCUUUAUGACAAGUGUCUAUAGAAAGGGGCAAGUAUUUGUUUGAAGAUAUUCACAAAUUCCAAUACAUCCAAAAAUAUAUUGCCUCUUGUAUCUAUAACUCUUUCUUUUGCUUUAAGUUUUUUUCCUGUGAUAGAAAUACAGUGUCUUUUAAGAGCUACCGAUAUUCAUAUACGUAUAUAUGUAUGAAAAUGUGAAGAAGAAAAACAUUUUAUUGUGAUGGCCAGGUUUAAAUCCUAUGUGAUGCAAAGCAUAGCAGCUUUGGGUGAAAUCUGUGAGUUGUUAAUGUUGAGUGGUACUUAAAUUAUAAAAUGUAGAGAUGCACAUUGUUAUGCAUGCGUGAAUACAUGGGAUUGUAUGCUACAGUGCACCUGUUGUUUGCUCUUAACUCAGUUUGAAUCUCUUGACUAGAUUAUAUAACAACGGCAGUCUAAUAUGAGAUUAAAACCCUUUAAUUACCCAAGUUGAUUAGUAAGAAACCACUUCGACAAAAAGUUGUAUUGUAGUUUCAUCAGGCAGUGGUAUUGUGUACUGUGCUAGCUUCAGUUAUAGAAGUCAAGAAGCCUAUCUUGUUAACUGUGAGUUGUCUCUACAUAUAAAUGUACAUAUAUACUGUAAUUGCCACAGAAAAAAAACCAAAAACACACCAAUAUUGAGUAUGAUAUAGUGUGGUUUUACCAGAAUCACAGUUUCAUGCUUCUUCUGUAGAGGGAUUUUAACCAUGCACAAACUUGUCUAACAAAUUUCUGACAUGCAGUUGUUGAACACACUGGUGUUGCUCUACUUGACUCAAAUCCCAUCUUCUUGUUGCCAUGUUUAUACUUGUUGCGAUAAUAUCGUCAUGGCACUGUGGUUGUUGAAAUGGUUUACACUGCACAACUUGUGCUGGCAUGAGCUCAUGAGUUUGACAUGAUGAAUUCUGUUAUUGCUGUAUAUAUAAGACUUCUCCUUUUUGUUGAUCCAGUAAAUUGAACUAUGACAGUGAAGUUGUGCCAUAGAUUUGGACUGUUGCCACCUCAGGUGACCGAUAUGAUUAAAUCACGUUCCACAUGGCUACACUCACGAAUAUCUUGUAUUAAUACCAAUGGUUUUGCCAAUUGUUGACCAUAAUGAUCGGACCGUGUGCCACCUUCAGGAAUAGCUGGUAUCAUUGCCAAUGAUGUUGCCACUAGCUUACGUAGUGCAACCAGGUUAAAUAAGGAAUAGCUGGUAUCAUUGCCAAUGGUAUACAUUCAGGAAUAGCUGGUCAUAUUACCAGUGAUGUUGCCACCAAGAAAAUUGCCACAUGUACCAUACCUAACCAUGAUCAGAUCUGUUGACAUGUCCACCUGGCCAAAAUGGCCAAACUCAUUGCCACAACCAGAACCAUGGCCCACCCUAUACACAGGCAGAACAUGCCCCAGAUAUUCUUGCCAGCCACUGAACAUUCCAGCUGAACACGAAACAUUGCUGCUUGUAUUGUGCCAUCUUUAUGUACAUGCAUGGGCAUAUAAAAUGUCAGCGAACUUAGCUCCAGUUCCCAGAUCCUGGUUGGAUGCUUAAAACUGGAUAUCGAACUGGGAGCUAACUUCAAAUAGAUGCAGACAAAUGCACCCAGAAGGCAGUAAAGUUGAAAACCUCCUAUUGUACUAGGUCUGAAACUGUACAAGUAUGUAAAGCUGUAAUAACCUCAUUGAUAUCUGAAAUAGAAUGUAAUUCAUAAAUGCAACAUUGUUUGGUAUACAAAAAGUUUACAAAUGCUUAAGUUUUAAGACUAUUUAGAUAUAUAUUAAAGUUGUCUCUGUCUAAAUAAGAAUAAAUGAUAGUUAAAUAUAAAAAGAAUUAUUGACUUAAAUGGUUGUGAUUCAGAGAAGAAGUUUGCACUGUUAACUCGCACCGGACUGCUGCGUUUAUAAAAACUUUUUUUGUUAACAAAUGUUGAUCAGUGGCUUUAAAUGACCUGAAGGAAGGCUCAAAUUUGUCCAUGUUGUCUUUAAGGUCAAAAGGGCAACACUGUUCUCUCUGAUCCAAUCAGAAUGUUACAUUCAGACCAGUUCAACUGACUGAAUCUAAUCAAGAUGAUAAUAUACGCAUGUUAAUCAAGGUCUUUUGCUUACAGACUACCUUAAGUGACCACUAGUGACUAAAAUAUGCCAAAAACAACUUUGAAUCCCACGCGAACAAACUGACCACUGAUCAUGGAAAGAUAACGCUCUGAACACUGACCAGUUUAAUUAUCAGAGAUUAUACACAUGUAUAUCACAUCAUACAGAUAUAAAAAUUUUUAUGUACAAUGUAGUUCAAUCAAUAUUUACACCUCAAGAGUAUUACCGAAAUUUAGUGUUCCAUUAUGCAGAAUAUUGCAAUAUUCUGUCAAACUGAAAAAUUUUCUCUCCACAAUACGAAGAUGCAUUAGAAUUUCAUGCUAAACUAAAAACUUAUCUACGUCCUAAUUACAUGUAUUAGUGGACUUUUAACUUAAACGUAUUAUCAAUCAAUGUAGAUAUUAUGAUCGGAACUAUUUUUUGUGAUUUAAUAGACACUUUUAGACUUGCUGUAGAAGCAGGCUAUUUUUGUAGUGUUAGUCCAGUAUUAUGUCAGUUGUUAGCUGAAGUUUAACUUGUGACUUACAAUGUUUUAUGUAGAGACAGAUUAUUGACAUUAUUGUUUCCAGAAAGCUGUUUGUUGUGAUUUUUGUGGCAAUAAAGCUGUUGUU